AUGACCGACGCCUACCUAAUAACCGGCGGAUUAUCCGACUUCGCCAAUGAAAUCAUCAUAAAUCUUUCGAAAAAAUCGAUUCGAGCGGUGGUUUUGCAUAAUCAUAAUGAGAAAUAUAACAAGGUUUGAUUUUUCAGUACCAAUCCAAGCUUGAAAAUUUCAGAUAAGGAUCGAGGCCAAAGACGCGGAAAAUGUGAAGAUUUUCAACGUGGACAGCCUCAACGAGGAGGCUAUCACUAAGAUUAUCAUCCAGGAGAACGUAAGUUGGAAAAAUUUUCCGCCGCACGUGGAAUGGCUAUACGCGUCGCGGUCGCGUAGCGGUUAUUUUAAAAGAUAUUGCAGUCAAAAAAGAAAAAAUAAGAAGUCAUGAUGGGACUUUUUCUGCUGAAAAAUCAAAAAUCCGUGGCCGCACUUGGAAUGGCUCAACGCGUCGCGGUCGCGUAGCGGUUAUUUUUUAAAGAUUUCGAGGUCAAAACGAAACUGUUUCCGCUGUAAAAUCAAAAAUCCGUGGCCGCACUUGGAAUGGCUCAACGCGUCGCGGUCGCGUAGCGGUUAUUUUUUAAAGAUUUCGAGGUCAAAACGAAACUGUUUCCGCUGUAAAAUCAAAAAUCCGUGACCGCACGUGGAAUGGCUAUAGGCGUUGCGUUCGCGUAGCGCUUUAUUUUGAAAGAUAUUGAAGUCAAAAAAGAAGAAAUUGAAGUCAUAAUAGGAUUUUUUGCUGCUGAAAAAUCGAAAAUUUGUGUCCGCACUUGGAAUGGCUAUAAGCGUCGCGGUUAUUUUGAAAGAUAUUGAAGUAAAAAAAGAAAAAAUUGAAGUCAAAGUGGAACUAUUUCCGCUAAAAAAUCAAAAAUUCGUGGUCGCACGUGGAAUGGCUUUACGCGUUGCGGUCGCGUAGCGGUUAUUUUCAAAAAUUUUGAAGUCAAAAAAAAAAGUGGUCAAAAUGGAUCUGUUCUUGCUGGAAUAUCGAAAAUCCGUGGCCGCACGAGGAAUGUCUCAACGCGUUGCGGUUGCGUAGCGGCUCUUGCUUUUCGACGCGUCUGUGCGAAAGCCGUUUCUAGUCGGGCGCGUUUUGAAGCUCAACUGUUCUGUUGUUCAAUCAUCAUUCAAAAAAUCGACCUUUCAGAUAACUACCGUAAUCGACUGCUCCCUGACAACUUUCGUGGUGAAAUCGGCGCCUCUAGAAGCUGCUCAGAAACUUUUGCUGGUUAGUUCAUUUUAAUUGGGACUUCUCUAAACCCUCUUUUUCUUGUACACUAUCUCAUGAAAAUCCCAAAAAAAAAACAACGAUUUUUUUCAAGGGGAUCACAAGCGUUCUGGAUGCGGUCCGGAAAAGUGGGAGAAUCGAAAAAUUCGUGUUGAUCAGUGGAGAGGAGGUGAUUUUUUUCAUUAUUGAUUUUUUAAAUUACCUAAUACACCUUGGUCGCACUGGGAAUUGUUCGAAAUUAUGGUUUUUUUGAAGCAGCGCGUAAGUCGUUUCAGGUCGGGCGCAGUUCUUCAAGCCAUUCCCCUUGCGACCAGAGUUUCAGAAAUUAUAAAAUAAGGGGUUCUGCCUCAUUUUCCUUCAUCUUAUAUUCAAAAAAACAACCUACAGUGACACAGGUAUACGGUAACAAUGAGCGAAAAGUGGAAGACGAGCCCCUGACGCCGGUGGACUUUGUGGGGAGUGCUCAGAUGUCCGUCGAAGCCAUGGUUCACUCCUACGCCGUCAGCUACCGUACACCUACAGUAAUCGCUCGGCUCUCGUCGCGUAUAUUCUACGAUGACUUUGAACAAUUUCAUAUGAACUUGGCAGUGAGCCACGGUGAGUUCCUUGGGUUUCUGGUCGCAUGUGGAAUGGCUCGAAGAGCGUUGCGUUCGCGUAUAGACUUUUUUCCACCGCGACCGCAACGCGUCCUCCUCAAUGAAAAGCCGUGGUCGCACUGGGAAUGGCUCGACGUGAUUUUUUAAGCAGCGCGUGAGUCGUUUCAAGUCGGGCGCGGUUCAAAAAAACUCUUUUUUAAACCGCAACGCGUCCUCCUCAUUGAAAAACCGUGGUCGCACUUGGAAUGGCUCGACGUAAUUUUUUUAGCAGCGCGUGAGUCGUUUCAAGUCGGGCGCGGUUCAAAGAAAAACUCUGGCCUAUCUGUUGCUCUCUCGCGUUCCCGUGCUGUCCUUCUAUGACCUGGUGAGAGAAAAGAGAGCGCAGACAGGUCAGACAGUUUCCUGGCGAAGUUCUUGGAACUCCAGAGCGACUAUAGGGGCCACUUAACCAACCCCUAAAGCUUGCAGAAGUGGUCCCUAUAUGGACUUCAGUUAGUGGCCCUUAUAGGGGUCAUGCUAUUGGUCCCUAUAGGGACUGCUGGCCCUCUCGAGACAAUCCCAUAAAAUGCAGUUUUUGUUGAAUGUUGGAUCGUAUACUUCCUUUCCAUUCCUCUGAGUUGUCUGCGCUCUCUCUUCUCUAAGAAAAUAGGAGUAAUGACGUCACUGAGAGAAUAGAGAGCCCAGAGAAACCAGAUUUUUCAAAAAACUUUCAUUUUUCGAAAUUUUCAGGCUCUAAAGUCAAAACUUUGCGUGGAUCGGAGGCCGCGGAAGCCGUUUUCCUCCUUUCCAAGGAAAAUCCAACCGAACCGGCUGAAGUCUUCAAUAUUGGGGAUUUCAAAAAAUACAGCUUCUCGACAUCUGUAAGAGCGUUGUUUGCAUUCAGAAAAUUCCUGAAUUUAUUCAGAAAGUGCCCAAAAAAAGCUUCCUGAACGUCGAGAAGCUCCAGAAGAGGAUCAAGUGGGACCCAGAGGGCAACGAAAUUCUGGGUUCCAAUUUUCCAAAUUAUAGUCGCAUGGGGAAUAACUCAACACAAAAAAAUGGUUGCGCCCGACCCAAAACGGGUUUCGCCUGAAGGCAUUCAGAAGCAUAGGAAGACAAAAAAAAAAAUCGAUUUUUGACGCUAUUUUUAACGCGAAUUUUUAAAAUUUAUCCAUUUUUUACGAACUUUCUAGUCGCAUCAUGAGGAAAGACUUAACGCGUAAAAAAUGGCUGCGCCCGACCCAAAACGAGUUUCGCCCGAAGACAUUCAGUUGCAUAGAAAGACAAAAAAUUUUUGACGCAGUUUUUCAACAAUUUUUAACGUGAAUUUUCAAAAGUUGAAGAUUUUGUCACGAAAAUUUUUGUCGCAUCAUCAGGAAUGACUAAAAACGUGAAAAAAUGGCUGCACCCGACCCAAAACGGGUUUCGCUCGAAGGCAUUGAGAUGCAUAGAAAGACAAAAAGUCGAUUUUUGACGCAAGUUUUCAGUUAUUCUAAACACUACUAAGGGGGAGACGACUCAGCACGUGAAAAUUGGUUGCGCCCGACCCGAAACGGGUUUCGCUCGAAGACAUUCAGAAGCAUAGAAAGACAAGAAAAACGAUUUUUGACGCUAUUUUCAACGCGAAUUUUCAAAAUUUGAACUUUUUUUUCACAAACUUUCUAAUCGCAUCAUGGUAAAAGACCUAACGCGUAAAAAAAAUGGUUGCGCCCGACCCAAAACGGGUUUCGCUCGAAGGCAUUCAGUAGCAUAAAAACACAAAAAAGUCGAUUUUCGAAGCUAUUUUUCAGCUAUUUUUAUCGCUAAUUUUUAAAAUUUGACCAUUUUUCACGAACUUAGUGGUCGAGAAUGGCUCAAGACUAUCGAAAAAAUUCAAAUUUUCGAUUUUUUUUUCGAGCCAUUCCAAGUGCGGCUUUGCAUUAAAAUAAGAAAGCUGUUUCCAGGAGUCCUAGACAACUGGGGUUACGCUGAAAAAUUCACCGAAAUCGGCCCGAUUCCAAUGAUCUACGGUUCAAACACUUGGAUCGGACGUCAAUUUAUCGAUUUAUUGAAAUCGAAGAAUAUAGUUCAUUUGGUAAGUUAUUGAUUGAUUUAUUUUGAGUAAAAUUUUUUUUCUAGGUACCAGAAACCGAAGCGAAUGAGGGGACAAAUCUACGAGUUAGGGAAGAAAUUUUAGAAAAAAUGCCGUCUCACGUCUUCUUCUUCGGCGAUGAGCCGAAUCAAGGUGAUUUUUUGGAAAAAUUAAAAAAUAGCUUCACUCUGAACCUCAUAAUGUUAAGCUAGCACAGUGGGAAGAGCUGCUGAAGUGCGUUUUUUGAUAAAUUUACAGUACUGGGAAAAUUUUAGUGGUCACUAUAGAGGCUCGCCAAGGACACUAAAGUGGCCACUAAACCCGCCUCUAUAGUGGUCACUAUUUUCCGUUCAAGUGGCCACUUCAGUAGUUUUUAAUUCAGUAUUCCUUCCAGUAACUCUGAUAAUUUUGAAACAAACAGAUUGGACCAGUUAUGUUGAUCCAUUGACCCCUAAAGUGGCCACUGUAAUGUUUAGUGGUCUAGUAAUAGCUUUUAGCUUAAGUGACUCCAGUGGUCACUUAAGAGGUGCCUUAAGGAUCACUUGGAGAGGGCACUAAAGGGGCCACUAAAACCACCUCUAUAGAAGCCACUUUUUGGGUCUUAGUGGCCAUUAUAGUAGUUUUAGUGACCUCAGACUUCUGAGAAGGUCUCUAAUCUUUAACCCCUCAAGUGGCUACUAAUUCGAAUACUAUAGUGGCCACUAAAACGUCGAAACCCUAUAGUGGCCACUAAAACUUUUCCCAGUACAAAAUGUUUGACUUAAAGAAAAAUAAGGAAGUAUAGGUAUUGAAAAAUAUUGAAAAGUCACUAUAGAUCCCAAAAAAAUCGAUAAGAUCCGAUAGAACUGUUGAGGAAAUUACUUAAGUGCUCGCUUGAAAUUUAAAUUUUGAAAACCUCUAACAUCUAAUAACAAGCAAAUUAUCCCAAAUUUUCAAGACUCGAGCUAAAAAAAUUACUAAAAAGUGUAAUUUUUUGAACUCUCAAGUCCAUUCACAACAGAUUUCGCUAGUUUGACAAAAAAAGUUUCAAUUUUUCAAAUAUUUAAAAAAACUUCCCAACGAUCUAUAGCCUUUGUGCCACGACUAGGAAUUUCACCAAACGACAUUCCGCUGUUCCGCUGCGUGCGGUCGCGGAGCGGCUUUGACUUUGCGAAACUCGGUCGCGCUUUUAAAUUUUUAUCAUUGCUUGUAUAUGCUGUUCCGUUGGGAAAAUGUCAAAGUCGAGUACUGAAAGAAAAAAAAAACCGCGGCCGAGAUUCGCAAAGGCAAAGCCGCUUCGCGACCGCACGCAGCGGAACAGCGGAAUGUCGUUCGGUGAAAUUCCCGCUCUGGGACACCGACUAUAUAAACUGAGUUUUUUAUAUUCCCAGGAUAAACUAUAACUUCCUUUUUAGGAAAUUACGAAGGCGACUGCUUCAAGUUGCGAGAAAACGUCGCUCAGAACUUGUACGCCCCUUGGCUCCUGGCCAGCGUUUGUCAACCUGUCGGACUUCAUUUCACUUAUGUUGGCACUGGCGACGUCUUCGGCGCUUCUGAAGACCUGCAAAAGGUUAUAAGUGGCCACUAUAGGGUGAUAAUAUUCACUCCUUCUUAAGUGGUUCCUCAGAGAACUGAUGAUCUUUAUUCUUUUAUAAGUGGUCGCUAGAGGAUUGAUAAUCUUCAUUUCUUCUUAAGUGGUCCCUAUAGGGUUAUGGUUUUCAUCCAUUUGUAAGUGGUCCCUAUAGGACUGAUGGUCUUCAUUCCUUCAUAAGUGGCCCCUAUAGCAUCUUUACUCCUUCGUAAGUGGCCCCUAUAGGAUAAUUACUUCAUUUCUCUGUAAGUGGUCACUAUAGCAUCUUUACUCCAUCAUAAGUGAUCACUAUAGGGUUGAUGAUCUUCAUUUCUUUGUAAAUAAUCGCUGUAGCUGUUUUUGGGGUGGUAACUGGGAGCUUGGGAGCUUGGGAGUUGGGACUCGGGACCUGGGAGUUGAAAGUUGGAGCUUGGGACGUGAAACUUGAGAGUUAGGGCUUGGAACCGGGGAGUUGAGAGUUGGGCCUGGGAGUUGAGAGUUAGGGCUUGGGACUUGGGAGUUGAGACUUGGGACUUGGGACCUGGUAGUUGAGAGUUGGGACUCGCGACCUGGGAGUUGAGAGUUAGGGCUUGGGACCUGGGAGUUGAGAGUUAGGGCUUGGGAUCUGGGAGUUGAGAGUUGGGCUUGGGACCUGGGAGUUGAGAGUUGGGGCUUGAGACCAGGAAGAUGAGAGUUAGGGCUUGGGAUCUGGGAGUUGAGAGUUGGGCUUGGGACCUGGGAGUUGAGAGUUGGGGCUUGAGACCAGGAAGAUGAGAGUUGGGCUCGGGACCUGGGAGUUGAGAGUAACAAUCCUCACUCCUUCUCAAGUGGUCCCUUCAGGGUGAUAAUUUUCCUUUAUAAAAGUCACAAAACCAACUUUAAUGUUCAAGUAGUCCCUAGAGAAGUGAUUUUCGUCAAGAAUUCCCAAAAAUCGACGGAAUUUAGACCCUCUUUUCCAUAGUCAGAAUAGAAAAACUUUCCCGAGAUUCAUUUAAAAAUCUAAUUUAGGAAGAAGACGAAGGAAAAAACGCCGAGACUUCCUACACGGCGGUUAAAAGACACACCGAGAAGCUUCUCCGGCAUUUUGAAGGUCUUUUUUGUGAUUAUUAUUGAUUUAUUGAUUUUUUAAGGUACCCUUCAAUGUCGAGUACAGUUUCCAGUCAAUGGGAAAGCUGAGGAAGAAAAUCCGCUUUUCAAGGUUUUUUAAAAAAAAUUUCUAUGACGUUUAUGGAAAGAAAAUCCAACGUAAAAUUCUUAGGAACUCCAAAGUGGUCCCUAUAAGGGCCUUUGAAGGUUCCCCUUUAGAAGCCACUUUACCAACCCCUAUAGGGGCGACUUAAGCUAACAAAAGUGGUCCCUCUAGGGUUUUUCCCUCCUCUGCGACCACUUCACCACCCCCUUUAAAGGACCACUUAGCUAACAAAAGUGGUCCCUCUAGGGUUUUCUGUUAGUGGCCCCUCUAGGAGAGCAUUCUAGUGGUCCCUAGAGGGACAAAAAAAAAGCUUUUUUUCCCCAAUAAAACAAAGAAAAUGCGCCCUAAGGAACAAACCUACAGUAUUUUUUUUUUACUUCUGAUUCCCUUUUCAGAUCCAAAACGAAGCGCCAAACCCUCAAGCGGUCACUUCAGUGACAAUCCUCCCCGAGUGUCUACCUCUCAUACUCGAUUUGGCAUUAAAGAAGUUGAUUUUUGGCGCGAAAAAUUUAUCGAAAAUUAUUAUUUUCAGAAAAACGGGUGUUUGGAACACUGCCAAUAAAGGAGCUAUAACAUUUGGGGAAAUUAAUCAACUUUUGGGAAAAUCCAGUGGAUCCAAUAAUGUGAGUUUAAUACCGGAAAAGUUUUAGAAAAGCAAAAAAAUAUCACGAAAUAAAUCAAAUAACUGCUUUCGAGACGAAAAAACCGAUUUUUCAUAAAUUUCCCGCUACUAGAAAAAAAAUUGGACGCACUUGGAAUGGCUUAACACAACGCGGUUGCAUCAAAACCAAUCCGACUUUCAGUUACUUGCGCUCAAACGUAUCUUACAGCAUCUGCACUGCCAAAGUCGGAAGUGCGGAAAACGGGUGCAAAAUGGCCCCUAAAAGGGUUCCGUUUUGCGGCCUUUAUUGAGCCUUUCUUGGUGGGCUGAAAAGCCUUAAAAAAGGAUCCAAAAAGGGUCCAAAAAGGGUGCUAAAAAGGCCAUUAAUGAUUUCCAAUGUUAUUACUGUAGCUCAUUUUGGUUCAUACACGGUCACUGUUAUAGAUUAUUCUCAAUUUGGAAAAUUUCGUGUUUCUCAAAAAGGUCCAAAAAGGGUGGAUAAAGGCCGAUGAAAGGCCGGAAAAAGGAAACCAUUGCCACCCAUUUAGGAACAAUCAAUGGAACCCUUUUGAUCCAUCACGGACUUUCAAAGGGCCCUUCCUUCUAUUCUGACCGCAGCGCAACCGCAAAGCUCUGAGCCAUUCCAAAUGCGACCAGAAUAUUCAGCGUUUUUGAAAAAAACGAAUUUUCUUACAAAAUUUUUCAGAACAACGACACCAAAAACACCAAUCCUACCUCGAAUUCCGUCGUCCUUGACACUUCAAAGCUGGAGUCCGAGUUUCCAGAACUUCCCACGGCCAGGGAAAGCCUCAAGACGUGCAUAACUCGAAUGAAUCUAUGA